GACGAGGGAGCGCGGCGAGUAGAAAACGGCGUCGUCCACUUCCUCCUUUUUCCGGGGAAGACAGUGGAGGAAGGUCCAGUCCGGCUGGGCGACGCUUCCCGUCUGGAGAUGACGAAACCAAACAAAAAAGUGUCGGUCACCAAAACGUUGCAGUCGCGAGCCGCCUCCGCGGGCUCCGAGGUCAGGAGCAGCUGGGUACCAUGCUGGAGUCGCAUAAAACGCCUCAAAACUGGCAGGUAACGCACAGGUCGGCACGCUUGUUUGGGGAGUAUCAAGAUGGCGGAUGGCGACUUCCGUUUUGGUGGCCAAUGACAUGGAAAAGGAGGAAUGCGCUGGGAAGUUUUCCUGCAGGAGAUCUUCGCACGUCGAGGAGCGUCUUCCCCCCCCCCCCCCCGGUCCUGGUCUCCCUUCUCAGCAUGGACGUGCGGUCGCUCCUCUUGCUCUGCGUCCACAUCUGCUUCUGCUCUGCCUACGAAGGGUCAGGACAGCACGCCUACGGAGAUGAUGAGGAAUGGUAUUCUCAUGCAUUCAAAGGGGCAGCGUGGUGCGCGCCCAUCAAGGUGAAGCACGGCGACGUGAGCUGCUGGACGCCAAGGGGGCAACAGUCCAAGAGCGCCAUGGGGGCGCGCUGUAAAAUCCGCUGCAAGCAAGGGUACGAGUCUCAGAGCAGCGAGGUGGUGUGCAUGGCCAGCAAGCACUGGUCCUCCAGCUACGCGUGUCAAGAGAUCCGCUGUCCCAAGAUGAGCAUGCCCACCGACGGCGGCUACAAGUGUUCGGACGGCUCCUACUACAACUCCCGCUGCGAGUUCUUCUGCUCACCAGGGUUCACCCUGAAGGGGCCCAAGACGGCCACGUGCCAGUACAACAAAGCCUGGAGCGCCGCGGUCCCCACCUGCGUCGACGAGGACCCUCCAAAGAUCAAGUGUCCUCAUGUGAAGGACAAAUGGGCAGAACCGGGCAAGCUGACUGCCCGGGUGACCUGGGACACGCCCGAGGGCGUGGACACGGCCGACGGCAUCCUCACCGACGUGAUCCUGAAAGGCAAAGCUCCAAAAUCGGACUUCCCCGAAGGUCUUCACAAGAUGUCCUACACUGUGUCGGACCGCGCGGGGAACAAAGGAUCCUGUCGCUUCACCGUCCGAGUCCGAGUGCGGCGCUGCAGUCCGCUGUCCCCCCCCGACAACGGCUACAUGAAAUGCGACAGCGACGGCGAUAACUACGGCGCCACCUGCCAAUUCUCCUGCACCGGCGGCGCCGACCUCCAGGGCAGCGCCGCCAGGGUGUGCCAGUACGGACUCACCUGGUCCGGCAGCGACACCAACUGCGCACCCAUGAACAUUAACGUGGGGGUGCGCAGGGCCUCGGCGCUGCUCGACCAGUUCUACGAGAAGCGACGGCUCCUCAUUAUCUCCGCCCCGACAGCCGCCAAUCACAAUUACCGCUUCCAGAUGACCAAUCUGCAGCAUGCCCAGUGUGGACUGGACCUCCGUCACAUGACCGUCAUUGAGCUGGUGGGGAAUUUCCCGGCCCAAAUCGGCCGCAUCCGACACAGGCUUCUCCCCCCCAUGCUCGCCUUGCAACUCAGGUUACUGCUCCAGAUCCCGCAAAGGUCCUUCCAGAUGGUCCUGGUGGACAAGCAGGGCACGGACAAGCAGCGCUACCCGUUCCCGAUCACGGCGGCCGAGCUGUUCACCACCGUGGACGCUUUCCCCCUGCGCAAGGACGAGAUGGCCAUGCAGCAGGCGGCCGGACAGACCUGCCAAUCGUAACGGGCGCCGUUCGGAUCCGCCCGUCCCGGGACUCGCAGCCAUUUUCCAUCCGGCGGCUUCCCUCAAGUCAAGUUUUCGGAAGCCGUUCAAGUCACACGUCACAACAAUCAUAUUGAUUCCUGUGUCUUGGUCCACCGGUAUGUUUUUUAUUUUUA